CUCAGCAUGGGUGUCUGAGGAAUUUACGCCAUGAGUCUCAAAUGCUCUUUUCUAGAAAUAACAAAUGUUUCUCUCUUUUCCUUUCAGUCAGUCACACAUGAAUUCUCUCUUUCUUGAAGACUAAAAGAGGCUCAAUAAGGAGAGAUCACUUAGAAUAAUUAAUUUAUUGAGAUAGAUAAAGAUUGAGAAGAUGAUUGGACUAGAGUAAUGAUGACAGUAUUGAAAUUUACAGCGUUGGAAAGUAGUAGUGAUGAAGAGAACACAAAAGCAGCCAGGAACCAGGCAGAUGACUGAUUACAGAUCUUCCUUAAUGAACUUAUGCAUAAGCUUCAUAAUAAAAGCUGAUGACACUUCCUUUCAUGCCCUCAGUGAAUGCAGUUCAGGACGACUUCAAUAAAAUCUGACGCCAGCAUUUUCACCUGUUGUCUGAGGCUGAUCUCUAACAGGACACACUGCAGUCUGUUCAGAGCAGCUCACACAAGCUUGUUUUUGAGGGAAAAAAAGAUUGAAAAUUUGAAAGCUGCUGACUGGUUCAACAGAGGCUAAACAGUGAGCAGAUAUGAAAGCUGUAGCUGGUCUGUUGCUGAUGUUCGGAGUCUGUCAUGGUGUGGAAACUUACUGUGAUGGCAGACAGGAUGGAGCUCAGUGUUAUGGAGCUUUGGGAGGAACAGUGGACAUCCAACUGAUGGACAGCACCUCAGAAAUACCAAGAAUCCAACUGUUAAAGAAUUCAUUAGUAAUACUAUUUGUCAGAAAUAAUAAGGUUAUUUCUAAUACCAUAAAACACAGAUCUCUCCUUUUUCCCAGUAACGGAACAUUUAAGAUCAAUAACCUGAGCAGGAAUGACAGCGGUAAUUAUAGCUUUAUAACAUUUAAUUCAGAUGGAAAAGCAUCAGACGAGCAGACUCUACAUUUGUUUGUUCAAGCUCCUGUGUCCUCUGCCCUGCUGGUCUCUGAGUGUCUGUCCCAGGGAGAGAUGAGGGUGUCCUGCUCCUCUGAGGGAGGGGACAGUCCUCAGUACAGCUGGACUCUGGAUGGACGCACACUGACAGAUGCUGAGCUCCUUUCUGUAAAUAAUGAGAGUAACAUCAUCACUCUGAGACAGCACGUCUCAGGACGUCUGGUCUGCUCAGUCAGGAACAGCGUCAGUAGUGUCUCCAAAGAGGAGAGAAUAUCUACCUGUGGCUUCAUUUUAAUUAACUGCACCUCAAUUAAUGGGACACAGAUAUCAGGGUGGGUGUAUGAAGCCAAUAACACUCUGUGUAAUGAACCCACAACUGAACCAAUGACCACACAAACUGCUGUGGGUAAGAGGAAUGGCAUAGUGUCAGUUAAACCCUCCACUAAUAUUAGACCCGUCAAUCAAAAUGAUAUCAGUGCUGACCCAUGGUACAUUAGACAUUUGCCACUGAUCGGUGGUGUUCUCUCAGCACUGGUAUUUUUCAUAGUUGUGGGUGUAGCAGUCAUCUGUGCUCAGCGGAAAAAGCAAAACAACAAACCUACAAAACAAAAAGAAGAUGACCAGGAAGUAACCUACGCUGAUGUCAGGGUCAUGAAGCAACAGGGGAAGAGGGUGGAGCAAACAGCACAGGCGGAGGCAGAGGUGGAGUACGGCCAAGUCAAGUUUUCAAAGCGACCUCGGCACACUGAACUAAGAGGAGAUGACUGUAUGUACGCCAAGGUCCAUAAAGUCAGGUGAUAUAAGUGGUCAGUGCUUUUACACAGACUGCAUCACUGAAGGUCAACAGAGGGAGGAGGUGAUGUCGUGAUCCUAGAGGUCAUUUAAUUUCUGUCUUUGUAUCCUGUUGAAUCACUAACAGAACAAAGGUUAUUAUCCAAGUCACCACAGCUUCAUCUUCAUGUUCAUCUCAAGAAACAGCUUACAGUAAUAGAUUUAAGCAACAUCAAAGUGCUUGUUAUAGACAUAUUACUAACAAUACUGAUAAUUUUCUGGAUUUGUUUUUGUUGGUCCCUGGUUUUUGAGGUUUUUUGGGGGAUGUUUAAGUUUUCUCUAGUUUGGGAUUAUUGAUUAUCUUUGUGUUUGUUUUGUGCUUCUGUUCCAAAAGUCUUGAUGUUAAUUCUGGGUUUAGAGAUGAUAUUUCCUUUGAGCUCCUUAGCUUUCUGUUUAUCGGGUUGUGUUUAUGUUCCUGUUAUCUGUGUUAUCUUUUGUAUUUCCAUUCUGUUUCUUCAGUCUUGUCUUUGUGUUUAUCUCCUGUCUUUCUGUCAAAGUUGCAUCUUGUGAGUCUGCGAUCUAUUACUUCCUGUUUUACUUUGGUGGUCUUUAGCCUCUUGUGCUUCGUGUGUAGUUCCACUUCCUGUGUCCCAUAACCUGUAAUGUGUGUAUAUCUUGUCUCAGUCCUUGCUGAGUCCUUGUUUCUUUGUAAGGAACCUUUUGUUGGUAUAUUUGCUCCUGGUUUAUAUUAUCUUGUAUGGUUUUAGCAAUAAAGCCACUUUUCAGUUUUAA